AUGAUUUAAUCUGAGGAACAAUAAUGCAGUAAUAAUUCAAUCGAUACUCUUCAAUAAUAUGCAAACUAACUUGAAUAGGCCAUUAUUCAAAAGCAAUAAUCAAUUGAAGCUUAGAGGAUAAAAUUUUUUGAAAUAAUAAAAAAGAUUUCUUUUGAUUUUGAUGUACAUAAUAUUGAACCUCAGGAAAUUGAAUCCUAUUUGAAAUCUAUAGCCCUAAUCCCUGAAGAUUUUGAUGAACCAUUAAUAAAAAAGAAGAAUAAAAAUAAUAUAAUAAGAAUUAAAAUGGUAUAGGAAUAGCAACCUGUUUCGGAAGUGCCAUCAAAAUAAAAAAGAAAAUAUACAAAAAAAUAACCAUCAGAGGAAAAACAAUAGCAAAAAAGAAAGAGGAGGACAAAAAAGGAAAUGGAAAGUGCAAGAAUGCAAGAAUAAAAAUAAUAAUGA